AUGCGGCGUCAAACACACGAUAUAAACGCGCUGCGGGAAGCAUUGGAUAAGGCUAAUGCUCAGGUCGCCGCUUUGGAGGUUUCUCGUAUCACCGGACCAAGAAUCGAGUUUCUGAAGGCGCUUGAAGAGCUUCUCAAACAGAACGUUAAUGACUCUGACAAGAAAUUUCGUAAAUUCGUGGUCUCCUCCUGGGGAGGAUUCCUUGUCGCAGCUGCUGUCCUCGUUUAUGCUCUGAAAAAAGAAAAGGUGGUGAUUCCUGUGGAUAAACCCUACAUAACAUUGAGUGGAACAAAAGCCUCCAGCACAAUUCUCGUAUGGAGCGAUGGUAAAGACCUUUUGGAUUCACCCACUCUCACUGUCUUCGCCUCCGAUUUCGUAUGCCGAUUUCUCACUAUUCAGAAUAAAUUUGGAAAAGGGGGACAGGCGGUCGCGGUGCGAGUGGCAGGAGAUAAUGCAGCGUUCUAUGGUUGCGUGAUAACGUCAUACCAAGACACUCUCCUCGACGACGAUGGGAACCAUUACUUCAAGAACUGUUACAUUGAAGGAGCCACCGAUUUCAUUUGUGGAAACGCAUCUUCUCUUUAUGAGAGGUGUCAUCUACACUCAUUGUCACCAAAAAAUGGGUCGAUAACGGCUCAAAAGAGAACGUCGGCGACAGAGAAAUCAGGGUUUAUAUUCUUGGGAUGCAAGUUAACCGGUUCGGGUUUAACUUUUUUGGGAAGACCAUGGGGAGCAUAUUCGAGGGUUGUCUUUGCUUAUUCUUUCUUCUCCGAUGUGGUCGCACCUCAAGGAUGGAACGAAUGGCGAGACCCGAGCAGAAAAGAUACUGUAUAUUACGGUGAAUACAAAUGUUACGGCCCUGGAGCAGACAGGAAGCAAAGGGUACAAUGGUCGAAACAAUUAUCGGACGAAGAAGCUACUGUCUUCUUGAGCAAGGACUUUAUUGGUGGCAAAGAGUGGCUCCGACCUGCCCCUUCUCAUUUCAAGAAUGCUCCCAAAUCAAACCCAACAUAA